GGCUAAUUAAAAACAAAAACAAAUCAAUGUAAGGAGGUUAUUAAAAUCAUCUGUCGAUAUUUUGGACAAUAUUUGGCAAACUUCAAGGGGCAUUCUUACAUCCUUUGCUUCAAGCAUGGAUUCUUCUUUAAGUUUUCUAGCUAGGCUUUCAUCACAAAAUGGUGAACACCUACAAGAAAAUGUCCAGAGCCUAGCUGAAUCAGAAAAUCCUGAAACUUCAUCGUGCCCUGACCUAAAUAAUCAACAGCAUCCAAAAGCAUUGCCAUGCAACUUGCAGAGAAAAACGAACAAUGCUUCUAGCUCACGUAGUGGUGGAUCAGCUAAAUCUAGCAGGGAACAUUCAACAAGUGGAGAUUUACAGAUUGGAAUGGAGAGUGAUUCAGUAAAGAUGUAUUACUGUAGUUGUGGAAAAUCUUAUUCAGAAAAAGAAAGUGGCUUACAUAGUUCUUGUCAUUCUCUGGAUAUAUUCAGUUGCAACAUGUGUGAGGAGAAAUUCAGUCAAAAGAAAAUUUUGCUGGAUCACUGUUACACUAUGCAUGGUGUCAUGCAAUCUUUCAUCUGUGAUUUCUGUGGGAAAUGUUUUUCUUCUAAAGAAAGUCUUCAGAACCACCAAACAAUCCAUGUAGGUGAUAAACCAUACCCAUGCGAAAUCUGCUUUCAAGCCUUUUCGGAAAAGAGCUUUUUAAUUUAUCAUCUGCGUACUCAUUAUAAUGAGAAACCGUAUCGUUGCCAGUAUUGUGGAAAGAGUUAUACGUUAAAAGGGAACCUUCAGAUACAUCUGCAGGACCACGAGGGGAUCAAACCAUUUUCUUGUAAAGUAUGUGGAAAGAGUUUCACUCAGAAGCUGGUGCUUGACCAUCACAUGAGCAUUCACACUGGCAAGCGACCCUACCCAUGCCAGAUCUGUGAUAAAACCUUCAGCCAGAAAGGCAACCUCAAGACCCACAUGCUUAUUCACACGGGCGAAAGACGAUUUGCUUGCCCUCAGUGCGGUAGGCUUUUUACACAGAAAGGCAACAUGAAAACUCAUCUUAAACUGCAUUUACGACACCCAUCGAUCCAGAAACCUUACCAGUGUAUCAUCUGUAGAAAGUCCUAUGUUUCAGAAGCUAGCUUACAGUGUCAUAUGGUUUGUCACCAGAAGCUGAUCCCCUUUGUUCCUCAGAACAUGGCAUUAGCAAGCACUUCACAACAUGGUUAGUAAGUCAAUGAAGCAAUAGCAUUGUGUAUCAGAUUUUUAGCACCCAUUCUCAUAAACUAUUUAAUGACUUGUGCAUUCAUCAGGACUUUGUAUCUACUAAUGGAAGUUAAUAAUUUUAACAAACAAUCAGUAUUUGUAGUUUUCAGUGUAGACAGUUUUAAUGUCGUUCUUGCAUAUGUCACAAAAACACAAAUAACUUGGAUGUUCUAUAAUUCUACUAUCAUAAAAUGUAUAACUACGAAUGAAACUGUGGGAUUGUAUACCAUUGUGCUAUAUUUGUUUAGGUUUUAUGAGGCUAAUUUCCAGAUAUUGAGAUUUUUUUUUUACUUGUUAUUAUCGUGCCUGGACUGAAAUCAGAACAUUUAUGUCAUUCUGACCUAUCAGGAAUUCAGUACUGUAGUUGUAUCAAGAGUAUAUGGCAAAUAUUGGUAAAAAUUCAGCUUGUAUAAAUAAACAUUGUAGAAUACAUUCAAGAAAUUUAAAUUUAUUUUAUUGAUCACUAAACUUUUGAUUAAUUUGCUCAUGGCAUGUAAAUUAAAAAUUCACCCAUCCAUGAACAGUUUGCUUACAAUUUAACUUUUCCUCGUAAGUUAGUGUUAGACACAAUUGGUGUACAUUUUUGUAAAUUUGAUGCCCUAGAUUUAAAUGGACUGAGAAAUUAAGAACAUUCUUCUCUAUGUUAUGGUAAUUAUUGAAAUUUAAAAUAGGAUAUAAACAGUAGCCACAAAAAUAUAAAUUUAAUGUAUCAAGUGAUUAGUGAAUAACCUUUUCUACAGUCAGAUGAACCAUAUGGAGUAAAACAAAAGUAGUAAUUAUGAGUGAUUUUUCAUUUCCUUAAAACCAGUAUCAUAGCCACAGCACCAGCAUGGAACUAUGUAGUUAGAUUAAUUUUUUUUCAUUUAUUUGGCAAUUUAGAUAUACUAUUUAAACAAUUUUCACAAAUAUUUGAAAUGAUGAGAGAGAUUUAAUGUAAAAAGUGUUGUAAUUUUUGUUUACAUUUGUUUCGAGGUGAUAGCGUUGGGAAAUAAGUCCUGUACUUAAUUUUGUUUGUUUGUUUAGAGAGAGUACUUGUUUUAUGCUUAGGUGUCGUAACGUAAGCAGAGUAGUUUAGAAUGACCUUUUUUUGUUCAGGAAAAAGACAGUUAAUGCACAAAACUUUAUUUUACUGAACCAACAGAUGACUAGAUACUUGUGAGGGAGAGUGGAGUACUUUUUAACUACACAGAUGAUUUGCUAAAGAAUCAAAUGUUGAUAUUUUUGUACAUACGGUCCAGCUUGAUAAUUAUGUAAAAAUGUAUGUAUAACAAAUGUAGCAUGUAUGUACUGACAUGUCUUGAUGUGUAUAAGGUACUGACAUGUCUUGAUGUGUAUAAGGUACUGACAUUUCUUGAUGUGUAUAAGGUACUGACAUGUCUUGAUGUGUAUAAGGUACUGACAUGUCUUGAUGUGUAUAAGGUACUGACAUUUCUUGAUGUGUAUAAGGUACUGACAUGUCUUGAUGUGUAUAAGGUACUGACAUCAUAAUCUCCAUCAUAUAAUGCAUCUUCAAAGUAAGAAUAAAAAAAGGGAAAUGCAUUUUAGAGAGGGAACCUAAUUUCAAGUUUUAACAGUGAUUAGUAGUUCAAGUGUCAUUGAACAAUGAGAGAAGUGGUUACUUUUCAUGCCAUGUUGUUGAAUAGAGGUAUGUACAUAUGUAGGCCUGGUCACAAAUUUAGUGGUGAUGGUUGAAUGUUUAAUGUUAUAUUUACAUGGUCCUGAAAAAAAUUAGAUCUAGAUAUAUCAUUAAUGUUACAAUUGUACAGUCCUAAGUGAAAAUUCUCUGUUUAAGACCAGGUCUUGAGUUUGUUGGUAGUUAUAUAUAUCAGUGUUGCACUGUGACUUCCAUUAAAUGCAAGUCUUUCUGCAUAGCUAACAAGAACAGUUCUGUAAAGGAAGGCUACAAUGCCCGAAACAUCUCUAAAAAUAUAUUAGUGGUGUAGUUAAAUAAGACAUCAUAUGAGAAUGAUAUGUAAAAUAGUAAGCUAUUUAAUCUUGUUUGCCAGUAGACAUACUUUGUUAUAAUAAUUUUUUUAACAGUGCUUUUACUUUUAUAUAUUUUUACAAGAGUAUUGUUCUUAAAGUAUAAUAAAUUAGUGUUUAUAUCAUCAGUUGUCCACAUUUUGUUGAUUAUCACUGUAUUUUGUGUCCAGAUAUUAUGUUGUCAACAUUGCAUUUGAUGUGGAGGAUAUGGGGUUUCUCAUUAGUCCUACGUGUAACAAUUUUGGACUUAACUUUUAAUGAGCAUGCUUGUUUUUUUUUAUUUUAGAGUACACAAAUUUUUGUUAUUCUUGAGCAGCUUGGAAUGCUACUAAAGCAAGUUAAUUUUUACUCUUUACAUUGCUGUUGUACUUUGCCAUAUUUAUUGAUGUGUUUUUGUGUAUUCUUGUUGGUGUGUAAUACAUGAUAUUUUAGAUUAUGUGUUGGUGACUUAAGAUUUUAUUUUUAAAGUUUACUAUAUGUCUAUGACUUAAACGUUUAAAGACUUGCAAUAAAAAGGUUCCUGCCAGAUAGAUGUAAGUGUGGAUGAGAGAAAGAUGUUGAUGACAAAAAUAAUAUGACAUUUGUGUGUAAGUUAUUAAAAUAGGUACGUGCAGUUUGGCGAGAAAUAGAAUAUAUUGUGUCAAGAAUAAGUCACAACAACAAAAAAUGUUUCAUAAAAACACUGUUAUAUGCAUGUGGCUUUAUCAAAGAUGUAUUUACAAUUAAACAUCUUUACUUAACACACCCAUUCUUGUUGCAUGCUUGCAAAGUUCCAUACUUCUUUAUAUUAUAUUUCUUUUAUGACAGGACAAUGAAAUCAUUCAACAUGAAAGCUGAAUUAUAAUGAUUCUACUAAGUGUAUCUGUAAUAAAAGUAAAAAAAACCUUAAGACGUGGGAAGUAGAUGAAAGAAGUAGAUCUAAAGUGAUUAUUUGAUUUAUUUACACCAUCAACCGACCUACAGAUGGAUUAUUGAUUAAAAAUGUUAUUAACUGUGGUUUAUUAUAAACAAAGUAAAAUCAAACUCAAAUCUAUGAGUGCAAACAAAGCCAUAGAAUGUGUGGUAUGUCUUUAUUAUGUGGUUAUGUAGUUUCAUGUAUUAUUAGGAUAAUGACAUUUGACAUGUGUAAAGGAAAUGGUGAAUGUGCUUUAAUACACAGGUAUGCUUGUAUUGUUUUAAAUAGAGAAUAUUUUAUGAUUUCACACAACUAUGUGGAAGUGUCAAAUAAUUCAAGUUAAUUGUUUUCAAGACAUACCUACAUACAAAUUAUCCUUUCAUUCAUGGUCCAAGGUACGAACACACAGGUUAGAAUAUUAGACAUAGGAAAUUCAUUUUGGAACACAAGAAAUUGAGUAACCAGUAUUUUGUAGCUUUUCCUCUCGAUUGAAUUAUGAUGGCAUUGAUUAGGUAUGAAUGCCUCUAGUUAUUUGAAACUGUCAACCAAUGUUUCUUCCAUUUUUGCUACACAAUCUCCCAAGAUAGAUGUACAUUUGUUGGCUUCACUUUUCCAAUAUUACCAUCAACAGAUGCCAUAAAUUUUUAAUUGGAUUAACAUCUGGAUUUUAGGCUGGAUUUUUAUAUCAUAGGCUUUAUUUUUUUCUUUUGUCUCCCCCCAAUACCUUUUAUUCAGCAGAACAUUUUGGAUUAUUAAUAAACUACUCAAAUUCAAUGUCGGGGGGAGUUAAAUGUCAACCAUUGAGUAUUAUGUGAUGACUCAGGAUGUUGUGUAUUAUUCCUUUUUCAUAUCAACAAUACCUUCCACAAUGUAUACAUAUGUAUACUUGCUUAAACUUCUCAUGAUCAUGUCUCAGCCUAAAAAGUUUCCUGGUUUUCAAAAUGUCAAACUUUUCUUUUUGCAAGUCCACGAUAUACUGUCCCAUUUGUUAUUCAUAAUUUUAUGAUUAUUUGCAAAGAUUAAACAUUUGGCUAUGUGAGGACAUGAAAUAUUGUUUUAUUUGUAGCUUUUUUAUGUAAACCACUUCCUUUCAUCCCCUUUCAAAAAAUGCUUGCUGAAUCUAUGUGUAUUCGUUUAUUGCAUUUCUGUGGAUGUUUUGAACUGAUUUGAUUUUGAAAUUCUUUAAAUUAAACUAUCCUCCCAGAUGUCCCUUUUUUGUUAGAUUUGAAACUUGCAAUUACUGAAAAUGAUCUUUGAAACACUUAAGUUUUAAAACAACAUACUAAUAAUUUCAUUAUUUACAGAAAUAACUGUAAACUGUUUUCCCUGCAUACUUCUAAGUUAUUUUUCUCAGUUUUAGCCAUAUUGGAAUUUGCAAAGCUUUUGAAAUGUGUCAUUUACUGCAGUUAUCUCAGUUGAAACAAAAGUGUUUGAAAUAUAAAAUAGGUGUCUCAGUGGAUCAAGAUCAGUCAAUCCACCUUUAAUGGUGCCCAGUCAUUGAUCUGCAGUUACGUUUGGAAAUGAAAAUUCUUUUAUUUUAAUUACAAAAUUAUAUAUAUGGAUGUAACACAGAGAAAUUGGAAUUAAUGCUUUACCAAUGGGUGUGAUUGAUCUUGCAAGUUUUUAUAGGAAAAUAAGCUGUUUUUUUGUUAUUAUUGGACUUUUACCUAUGACCAGUUUUGUAAUAUAUAUCCAUCGAAAAGAGUUAGAUUAAGUUUAUCAUCAGGAUAUGUAAUAAGCACAAUUACAACAUUAUCACCAAACCUUUAAAAACACAAACAUGCUUGAUAUGAAAGUGUUGGGACCUUCGUGCAUUUUCAACUUUUCAAUCUCGUUAGCUCUAUUUUUAUCUAUGUGAUAAGUGCUUAUGCAUUGUUAGCUGCUGGAUCUUAAAAAUACAAUUUUUCAUUAAAAAAUAUGUUGGCUUGCAUUUUAACAAAGCUAAAGGAAGUACAUUUUUUUAUCAGACAACACAGAAGGAGACAUAUUGUCCGAGAUGAAUGUAGAACAACAUUGGUUCUAGGAUUUGUAUAUGGUAAUUGAAUCUUGAAAUCUGAAUAUGAUGUUAGAGAUGAAAAUUUGUUUUCAGACUUGUUUGGUUAAAUAUUAAGUGAACCAGUAGUAUAGGUUGAUUGGUGUAUAAACGUUUAUGUAAUGUUUCAAAUAGACACAUUGAUCACUAGAUAUGCAAAGAGAUAUUUACUGAAAUAUAUUGUGUGUGUUAAGAUUAUAUGAUCUGGAGCAUGUAUAUAUAAAGUAUUAAGUGAGUCACGUAAUAUUGGUUGAUUAGUAUAUUUUCAGUGUGAUAGUCAUGUUGUUGUCGUGUGUAAAAGUAUUGAGAAUGAGGUGUAUGUUGAAAUAAGUUUUGUAUCAGAAAGCUUUAUCUUUUCAGAUGUAAGGUUGAAAUGAAAGUUUUUAUAAAGGCUGUGAUGAUGAUAAUGACAGCAAACUAGGUAUUGGGUUUUUACUGUUGUAUACAUUUAUACAUCUGUACCGGUGUUUGAUGAAUAGGGAGUUUAAUUUUAGAUGCUUAUAAAAAUGGUUAAAAUAUAUGUUUUGAUAAAUAGAAUCAAAAUGUUGGAAAUUUUUGUGGUUGAUAUUAUCAAAUGAGAUAUUUCUAUUUGAUUAAGACCCCAAAGUGAGUGUCUCAGUGGUAAAACGGUGGGCUUAUGAUUCUAACAAUUGGGUUUUGACACCCACAGUAGGCAGAGUGCAGAUAGCCCAUUGUGUAGGUUUGUACUUUACAACAAACUCCAAGGUGAAGUUUCUUCCAGAAUUGUAAUUUUUAUACGGAUGUCAAAUGAAAGAAUAACUGAAAAUUGUAUAUGGUAUUGUUUAAAUGCAAGGCUAAUGUUUUUUGAAAUACAUUGUUUACAGCAUGCAUUUUUUAAUGUGAAUCUGAAUCUCACGUGAACACUUUUUCAUGAUGUGAUACUUUUUCAAACACAUCUGUUUUUGUAUUACAUUUUUUUGGUGAACAAAUAUUUUAGUUUAAGAAGUUCAAGUAAAUGGAUUUGUGACUAUCUGAAUGACCACUAUUUCAACAGAAGUGCUUGUUUGCUUAUCUAGAAGUCCUUCAUUCAAAAAUUUAUUUCUUUGUGUUUAAGUAAAGGUCACGUAAAAAAUAUGCCGCACGGGGGUAUUCUUAACAGCUACAAACUCUCAUUUUUAUUUUUUAAAUGGGAAAUGUGUAGAAUUAGUUAAAGUACUGUCAAUUUAUAAUUUGUAUUAUAUUAUUAUUCAUUAUUACUGCUUGUUUUGUAUGUAUCAAAAUUAAACCAUACAGUCAUCUUUUACUGUACUUUAACAUUUUGAAACAUACAGAUAUUAAAGUUAACAGAAAAGAGCUACAACUAAUGUACAAGAAAGACGUGCACUUCUAUAAAGAUGGUAGUUUUUCUUUCUUCACCAAGUGUCUUUGAAACUAAAAAUAUACAUUUAGUUUUCAGAAACCAGUAGUAAGUAUUUUAAAUGUCAGUGCAUAAUGUUUGAUACACUUUUUCUCUGAUGAAAACAUGUUGAUUGUAAUAAAAUUCUUUUGGACUAAAAAUGUUUACAGUUAAUAACUGCUAUUCUUGAUGUAGAAUAUCUCAAGAUUUUAUUUGCAGUAAUGCAGUAUAGAAUCAUUGAUUUUUAGUAAACUAAAUUUUAUUACACCCAUUUAUGAUACUAGUUUACCAUAAUUCUUGUAUAAUUGUGAACUGCAACAAAAUAAUGAGAAAUGGGUGAUAAGUAUAUGGGGCCCUGAAUGUUGAAUAUUGUUUAGAUACUUGUAUAUGUAUGAUGUAGUGGUACUUUUUCCACUUUUAUAUCUGCAGUUAUAAGUUAUUUCCUUUUGUUUUUGGUCAUUAAAAAGUGCAACAUCUACAUUUAUGUCGUAUAUUAGUGAAAAUGAGACGUACAGUAUGCUAUGGUUAUCUAUUUCCAUGUUGCUGAAGUCUAAAACCAGUAUUUUUGGUGUGUUUUUAUUAUCCUUCUUUCAGUCCUGUAUUGUUAUUAUUAUUGUGUUA